UAGUUGGCACGAGAAAUAUAUUUUUAAUAAUUAUUCAUGGAAAUUGUAACGUGAAUCGAACGAAGUUAAAGUAGCGAAUCGUUUCGACUAUUUUAACGUUUGGUUGUUUAAUUAUGACUAUGUAACGGAGAUCGUAAAACACACUAAUUACUUCCUAUCAUGAAUCUUAAAUAGAGUGUAAGCAAACACAAACACCUCUUAUGAUAGAAGCAACUAAAAUUCCGUGAUUGGUCCAUUCUCCUAUUUGCCUUUCACCGCCAUCUGUCAAUUGCAGUACGAAUUAUUUUCUAUUGUGCACCUUUUUGUUCAUUACGGCUGUCAUUACCCAUUAGCGUGAUGAUAAGGGAAGCAAAAAGUAUUUAACGUUACAGUGAGGGUUUUUAAAAUGCAUCUUCACCAAUACAACAGUUAUUUUUGUGCUGUGAUGUCAUUAGUUCGAGAUGUGGUUUAACGAUAUAUUUUCCUAGUUGUAUUAUUAAUUGUAAAUAACCUUAUCCUUAUUAAAUAUUUUUUUGUAAUAUGGCAAAGACUAAAACAAUCAGUAAAGGCUGCCCUAAAUGUGAACAGCAGGUACCCGUUGCCUGCAAAGCAUGUCCAUGCGGUCAUUCAUUUUUUAAUGCAAGGCGCAAUUCUAUUAAAAGUCCUCCAAGUCCUGAUAGUGGAGUAAUGAAAACUAGACGAACAAAUCGAAUUAAACGAGAGAAACCAAACUAUUACGAUGCUUUAGAGUAUGACAAACAAUCAAAAAAAAGCGCCAAAAUAAGGAAAGCAACAGACACAGCUAGUGAUAUUGACUGCCGACAAUUAAAUAAAAAAAAGAAACGAAAAGGGAAAGGUAAAGGAAAGAAUGGAAGUAAUAAUGGAUUAGGAGACGACGACGACGAAAUGGAAGGAAUCAAUGGUUUGUCGCCAGAGAAACAACUCACGUGUUCUUUGAUAUUACAAGAAUUGAACAACAAAAUGAGAGUGGUAGCUUGGAAGCCAACAUGAUUCUGUUUAUUUGUCAAUGUGUCCCUUAUCAUCAGAUUCACUGGCAUCUAUUACCGGUUGACUCUGAUGUAAUCGUUUUAUACAGGUAUUGAAGUGUAGAAUACAGUCUACCGAUCGCAUUGCAAAGCAUUAAAAUAGUAUUAGAUAAUUUUAUGCACGGAUUAGUAGCAUCGAUUUAUAUAAAUUAUAUAUAUAUUUUUUUUAAAUAGGUAAAGUAAUAGAUGUGAAAGACUGUUCUUAAUGGUAAAAAUUUUGCAUACGUACUUUGUGAUAAAUUCUUUGUACUUUAUUUUUUAAUAUGACACGACAGUUUGUCAGGUAUCUUGACCGUCGUUUCGUAUAUGUCGGUUUACCUUCUAAAUAUUUUUAAGAAAUGCAAAGGCAAUAUAAGUGAAA